UUUUCAUCCUUCCACUUUCCUCAUUCCCCCCUCUCGUAUAUAUAAUAACAAAUUAAACCCCCCAACACUCUCAAUAACACUCCAAUGGACCCACCGCCACCACCAGCACCGCCGCCGUGGCAGGACGAUCUCGCCGACGACCUCCAGUCACUCAGCUUCGCCUCCACGGCCACCACCACAACCACCGCCGACAUCAAGCGCAGCACAAGCUUCGGCUCCGAAACCACCACACUCACGGCCUCCACCUCCGCCCGCAUCCCUCUCCCUCCGACAAAGCCCCACGCCCCUUCCUCUGACCCCCGCUGGUCCGCAAUCCACCGGAUCCGAUCCUCUGACGACGACUCCGCCUCCUCCGGCGGUCGCAUCCUCCUCCCGUCCGACCUCGUCUUCUCCCGGCGCCUCGGCUCCGGCGACAUCAGCUCCGUGUACCUGGCGGAGCUGAAGCCCUCCUCCGACGUAACGUUCGCGGCGAAGGUGAUGGACAAGAAGGAGCUAGCUAGCAGGAGCAAGGAAGGGAGAGCGAGGACAGAAAGGGAAAUUCUGGAGUUAUUGGACCAUCCUUUUUUGCCGACGCUUUACGGCGCCAUCGAAGCACCUAAAUGGUUGUGCCUCCUCACAGAGUUCUGCCCCGGCGGCGACCUCCACGUUCUCCGGCAGCGCCAGGCAAACAAACGGUUCAACGAAGGCGCCGUCAGGUUCUACGCCUCAGAGGUGUUGGUGGCACUUGAAUACCUUCACAUGUUGGGGAUAGUCUACCGUGAUCUCAAGCCAGAGAACGUGUUGGUUCGAUCUGACGGCCACAUCAUGCUCACUGACUUUGACCUCUCCUUAAAAUGUGAUGACUCCACAGCAACGGCUCAGAUCAUCUCUGAUCAAAAGAACUCUCCUCAUAUAUUCCUACAAAAGGAUCUCCACACUGAAUCCUCCCAAUUCACAUCGUCCUCAUGCAUACUACCAAACUGUAUAGUCCCCGCGGUGUCAUGUUUUCACCCAAAGCGCAAGCGAAAGAAGAAGAAGCAAGGCCAUCGUGGUGGGCCCGAGUUCGUCGCCGAGCCCAUCGACGUCCGGUCCAUGUCAUUUGUUGGGACCCACGAGUACCUGGCCCCGGAGAUUGUGUCCGGUGAGGGACACGGUAGUGCCGUCGACUGGUGGACCUUAGGGAUAUUUAUAUUUGAAUUGUUUUAUGGUGUGACACCCUUUAGAGGCAUGGACAAUGAGCUAACCCUAGCAAACAUCGUGGCUCGAGCAUUGGAGUUCCCAAAGGAACCCAGCGUGCCAGCCACGGCAAAGGACCUUAUCUCACAGCUAUUGGUUAAGGACCCCGGAAGGAGGCUUGGGUCAAUAAUGGGGGCUUCCCCUAUCAAGAACCACCCAUUUUUUCAAGGUGUGAAUUGGGCAUUGCUAAGGUGCACAACCCCACCCUUUGUACCCCCACCUUUUACUAAAGAAGCUGUAUCGGAUGAGAGUUGUCCCGAGACUCCCAUUGAUUAUUAUUAAUCAUGGUAGGAGCAGAUGUGAACAAAAGUACAGUUAUAAUUAAUAAUAUAGUUGCACGAAA